AUGUCCUCCCCUAUCCCUCCCCGAGGCAUCUACGCCCCAGCCGUCGCCUUCUUCAAGGAAGAUGAGACUCUAGACCUCGAUUCAAUCCGAACCCACCUCACCCGUCUAGCCAAGGGUGGUGUUGCUGGUCUCGUGAUCCAGGGCACAAACGGAGAGGCCAUGCACUUGAGCCAUGAUGAGAGGAGUCAGGUCAUCCAACUAGCAAAAAGUGUUCUCAAGGAGCAUGGUCGUCCGGAUACUGUCGUCAUCGCCGGUACCGGUGCCCAGAGCACCCGUGAGACCAUUCAGCUCUGUAACGAGGCCAGCGAAGCUGGUGCCGACUUUGCCCUUGUCUUGAGCCCCAGCUACUUUGUUGGAGCCAUGCAAAAGCCCGUUCUCUACAAGUUCUUUGAUGAUGUCGCCACCGCAUCUCCCAUCCCCAUCCUCCUCUACAACUUUCCCCUCGUCACCGGCGGUAUCGACCUGGACUCUGACCUCAUCACCAACCUGGCCGCCGCCAACCCCAAAAUUGUUGGCACCAAGCUCACCUGCGGAAACCUGGGCAAGCUGCAGCGUCUAGCCCACGAGCCUCGGAUUGGCCACCCAUUCGCCGCCUUUGCUGGCAAGACGGACUUUUUCCUUCAUGGCCUAGUCGCCGGCUCUCAUGGUGUCAUUGCCGCUGCAGCUAACCUCCUCCCCAAGGUUCACGUGCACGUGCUGAAGCUGUACGAUGAGGGCAAGCUCAAAGAGUGCCAGGAGCUUCAGACUCUGCUGAGCCGAGCCGACUGGGCUCUUGUUCAGCUGGGUGUGGCCGGUAUCAAAGGUGCGCUGGAUCGGUACUAUGGUUACGGCGGUGGACGAAGCCGGAGGCCGUUGGGUCAGGUUGAUGCGAGCAAGUUUGAGGGCGGUGUUGACGGUGCUCUCAAGGGUCUGAUUGAUCUGGAAAACUCCUUGUGA